AUGGCAAGCUUCGACCUCCAAGUCAUUCACGGCACGGCACCGUCCGGCACAAUCACCGAAUCCACCAUCUCAGCCGCUCUCGGGCCCGGCCAAGUCUAUAUCGAAACCACACACUCGGGCCUCUGCGGGACCGAUUUGGGGAAACUCACCAGUGGAUACGUUCUCGGCCAUGAAGGUAUUGGCAUAAUCCGGGCUGUUGGGGAGGGUGUUUCUAACGUCGCCGUGGGCGACCGCGUCGGGUUCGGGUAUACGUACAAUAUCUGUGGUGCCUGCGAGCCCUGUUUGGGCGGGUACGACCAGUAUUGCGUGAACCGCAGCGACUAUUCGAUGAAUCGCGUGAAUAUGGGCUCGAUCGGCACCGGCGCGGUGUGGAAUGCGAACACCGUGUUUAAGAUCCCCGAGGGCUAUGCGAGUGAAAACGCCGCGCCGAUGCUAUGUGCUGGCGCGACGAUAUUCACGAUUCUCGAUGGGUGCGGUGUGAAGCCGACGGAUCGUGUGGGUAUCAUGGGGAUUGGCGGCCUAGGGCAUUUGGCAAUUAAGUUGGCGGCGGGCAUGGGCUGUGAUGUCGUUGUGUUGUCGCGGUCGGAGGAUAAGAGGGCUGAGGCGAUGAGUUAUGGGGCCAAUGAGUUUUAUGUGUUUGAUCCGGCAAAGGGCGUGCCGGAGGGAUGGGAUCAGAGGGGUUUGAAGCAUUUGCUGUUGACGGGGAGUGCGCCGAGUAAAGAUUUCCUUACACUCAUCCAACUCAUGGCCGUAAAUGGCACCAUUUACCCCCUCGGUGUCUCGCGUGAGCACACGCCAAUCAUGCUGACAGCAAUGAUCACUAAGGGCAUCCGGAUCCAGGCGUCGCUUACGGCGUCGCGGCAGACAAUCAACAAGCUCCUCGACUUUGUCGCGCGACACAAUAUCACACCGACUGUGCAGGCGUUCCCAAUGACGGUGGCGGGCGCUGAACAGGCAAUUGAGGCGUUGAAGAGUGGGAAGAUGAGAUAUCGUGGUGUUUUGGUGAGGUAG